CUUUGGUGAAAACGCUUGUUUUAAAGAUAACACGGAGCAUACCAUUCUGAUGGCGAACGACAGUUUGGUGUUAAAUGAGACACUAUUUGACCUGGAUGAAGAGAGUGAGAAUGCUGGCGAAGAUGAGUGCGAAGGUAUUGAUGGAUGCUUCGAAGACAUCCCGGUACCGCCCCAAGCAUAUUAUGCCUUUUUCGGGUUCUCAAGUUUCCUUAUAACAUUUGGCAACCUGCUAGUCGUCAUAGCUAUACUCAGAAACAAGAAGUUACGUAGUUCAGCCACGAAUACUUUAAUUGUGUGCUUAGCAUUUUCAGAUUUGUUUAUCGGGAUUUUGUACUGCCCGUUCCAGGUGGUGAAUAUGGUACUUGGCGGCGUACAGUUAAGAGAAUCGUAUCUAUGCCGGGGUUACGUAAUAUUCAUCCGUAUGUCAUUCACAGCCACAACAAUGUCAUUGUUAGCAAUAGCAGUGGAUCGGUACAGAGCAAUCGUUCAGCCAAUGCAACCACGAAUCAGUUUGACACAGGCUAGAUAUAUAUCAAUUGCAGUCUGGAUAGUAUCAUUCAUUUUCAACAGUAAUGUAUUUGUUAGCUAUCGCAUAGUCACGGAGACUUGGCAAGAGAACGGGCAAAACGUGUCCCAUGAAGUAUGUGACGUACCGUACUACUUGGUUCACAUCGAAUAUCGAAUGAAAAUUGUCUAUAUAGUUGCAAUUUAUCUAGUACCUUUAGUAGUGUUGAGUACGCUUUAUGCUAGAAUGAUAAUCACAUUAUAUUCGGGAAAAUCCAUUAAUGAUGAGUCCCGGCGCCGUAAACGUAAAGCCAUUAAAAUGUUAAUUGUUGUUGUUAUAAUGUACGCACUUUGCUGGGGUCCGUACAGGGUUCACCAAGUGCUUUAUGCUUACGACGAAAGCUGGUUCACAGAUUCAUAUUUUAUUCUCACUGUCAUUAGUUUUAUUUUUAUUAGUAACAGCUUUGUGAACCCCAUCAUUUACGCGUUCUGUAACCGAAAUUUCCGGGAUGAAUUCAUUCUCAUUUUAAGUUGUGGUGCAAUACGUCCCCCGGCUAAGAGUGCCAGGCAAUACAGCAGUAAGUUCACAAAAAGUACGGAGGCUGCUGAAUCUUCAAUAGCGAGCAAGGGUGUAGAAUUACAGGAAACGAAACAAUAUACCGAUAUGGCGAAGAUUUUAGAGGUUGAAGAAGGUGGAAAUGUUUCGGAAUAUGAAAAUCCGGUCUCGAAGGAGGGGGCAGAACACGUAGAAAAUAAUGUGCAGUGUGCGACUAUCUCUGAUGUUGAAUUAGUACACACAAGCGACGAUACUGACGCACAACAUCUGACUUCGGCUAUAGGCACACAGACAACACUUGGAUAGCUACUGAAUUAAUUAAUUAUGAAGAAUAAUAUUUUGUUUGUGAAGUUCGAUUAUCAAGUUAUAAUAUUUAUCGGUAUAGAUGUCUGUGUGGUAUUGACAUACACGUUUGGGAUAAAUAUAAAGAUAUUUUUAAUAUUUUGACACAUUAAAUAUUAUAGUAUAUUUAAAUAUAGUUUAAAUUCAAUGUAUGUUUUUAUUCCAAUAUGUGAGCAUCAGAACAUUAUCCGAGCUAAGACGGUUGCAACAAACGCCAAUGGUGUUUUCAACGUUUUAUCAGGGGGAAAAACUCCUCUCUCUCUGGGUUCUCCACACUUGUCAGGGGGGGAACUCGUCUCGUCUCUCUAUCUAUCGGGAAAGUCACUUUAACUUUACAGUCAAAUAAGACAUACACAACGAAAUACGUUUCAACUCUCGUCUUAGUCGAUCUUUUGGAGCACUCUAUAAGACACAGCGCCCUGGGGAAAAGUCCCCAAGACUCUCACAAGGCUGAACCAAGACUCGCCCAAGACUGGACUGCGUCAAGGCUCGCCCCUGGACUCUCUCGGACUCUCGACUGCCCAGGACUGCACUCGACUUCGUCUAUCGUGGAGUAUUCGCCAAGACCAACUCAAACUCUCUAUAUUCAUUUUCAAAACUCUAACCAAUUACAAAACAGUAAAAGACUCUAGGGCGUAACCUUCAAUCAUAAAGCCAAUCACACUAAAUACUGAAUACGUCAUAUCUUUUGAUUAAUCGUUCACUACAUUAAUAACUACGGAUGUCAGAAUAGCGACGGUAUCUUGUAAUUGGUUCCAAAUCACUGAGCCAAGUUCCGUCCAACACUUCAAAUAGACCUGAACGAUGACAGACAUAACACAGCAAUUCGCUAAUAAUCAGUUAAUUAAGUCGGUCAACAGAUACGCAAAAACAAAUUCAUGACAGUUUUAACAAUUUUAACGUGCUCAAUGUAUAUCUUAUUGAGUCUUUUAUGAUUUUUUGGAAUUGUGUGAUACCACAAGAUUUCCCACGGAAGUACGAAAUAUAUACAUCUGUCUGUGUAUGUGAAAUAAUAUUGCCUCUUCUUCUCGUAGACCGUCUUUCCCGGCAUUCCUGUUCCACUACUACUCAAUUCCGUUCUCACGGUCUCUGCUAUUGUUUACCAUCUCACCCGGCAUUGCUAGUAUACUAUACCUUUAUAAUCAUUGGGUAUUUAAAAAACGCUCAAUCAUAAAUAUAUUUUUGGGGAAUACAAAAACAUGUAAACUUACUAGCAAGGAAACAUUGUUUAACGAACAUCGUGUGUGACUUUAUAAUAUUAAAAUUGUGUAGACUAGUGGCAUUUAAAUGCUAUAAUAUCUAGAACUUGGUUUUGUUUUCUAAGAAUUUAAAUAUAUUUAACUUGUUUCAUGGAUGUUACUAGUUUAAGUAAUUAUAUUUGCUAUGCAUUGUUAGUCUAGAUAACAACACAAAGUAUGUGGUAGAUAUAUGCACAGUUAGCAUUAUCACAAACUCUAUGUCGGUUAUAUAUCAUAAACACUAAGUGUUUUUUUUAAAUAAUGUGUAGAGCAAAAUAUUCUCUUUGUGAAUCAUGAUGACGAUUGGUGUGGUAUUCUCCCCUCGAAGACACAUUUAAUAGCUAUUUCUAACUCAGCUUUAUUACAAAUUGACAGAUGCUUAUUUUCAUAUUCAAGCAUGUUUUUAACUAAUAUCUCAGAAAUUAACAAUGUAUCCGUCUGAUUGUUUUCUUUAGAAAAUUGGCGUUUCAUGUAUUAGUUUAACUUUGUAUGCAUGACUGGAUUAUAUAUUAAGAAAAUAAACAAAUUGUAAUUUACAAAUAAUUUUGAAAAAAUAUAAUUUUUGUACAAGCAGAUUUACACUUGGUAUUACAAGUACAGAUUAUUGGAUGAAUAUACAUUUUUGUAAUGUUCAUUGUAAUGUACUGUUUUAUUAUAAUGUUGUAAUAAGGAAAUAAUUCAACUAGAGUACUAUUGACUCGCCUUGUAACCUUGUAGCUUUUUAAUUGGUACUGAUUGGAUUGUUAGGUGAUUUGGCAGCCAAUCAGGUACAAUAUUAUAGCUUCGCAUUGAAUCAUUUUAUUUACAAUUCUUUUUAACGGAUUUAUGCUGCAGUAAUUAUAUUCAGUACGAUUUUGCUAAAUAUGUAUUCACUGGUCUUUAUUAUAGCGACUACUAAUGGAGUAUCUGAAAUGAGUAAAUUAUCAAAAAAACUGGUAUACCAUUUAACGACAAAUCUAUCUCCUAAAUAGCAAUGUAUAUUUUGUCAAUAUUUGUGUAUUUAAGAUUUGUUUGUUUAAUAUUACUUUAUAUUUGUACAGUAUUUGUAUUUUGUAUUUGUCUAGUCUAUAGAUAAAAAAUAAUAUAAUGUUGUUUUGAUAAUAGAUGAUAAAUCUAAAUCAAGUUUAUUUAUUUUUUUGCAAUUUUCAUCUAUUGUGAUAAAGAUAGGUUGUAAUUUCAAUGUAAUGGCUACUUAAUUACUGUAAUGUUCAAUCAAUGUAUAUCACGCAUACAAAUUAAAGAUAGUCGUAUUCACGUUCCACUUA